AUGACCCCGACGUUCGACGUAGGAACCACAUUUGGUAACCCUGACGUACCUACUACGAUUGAUAAACCCGACGUUCGACGUACCUACUACGAUUGGACCGUACCUACUACUACAUUUGGACGACUUACCGAUCCAGUUUAUCGAGAGAUUACUUCGCGCCAAAACACAACGUGCUUAAUCAUAAUGGCUGAACAGUCCGCACAAGAGACAGCCGUUGUGCUGACCCUCCCAACUUUCGACAUGGCUAAUGUAAACGUGUGGUUCGCCCAGAAUGAAGCCAUAUUCCAAGCAAAGCAUAUUCACUCUCAGACUGCGCGUUACGCAUACAUAGUCGAGAAGCUACCACCAGAGAUCGCUGCUGACGUGCUAGACCUUCUAGAAACCGUUCCCGCUCAUAACCCCUUUGAUGUACUAAAGGAAGCCAUCAUCUACCGUACUGGAAAAUCGCAUGAGCGCAGGUUGCACGAUCUAUUUAAUACUAUACAGCUCGGAGAUAGCCGCCCGUCGCAGUUACUCAGACGAAUGAAGAGUCUGUUAGGAAAGAACUCGAUGUCGGAAUCACUAUUCCGCAAACUUUGGCUGGACAAGUUACCGCCAUACACUUCACAGAUUCUGGCUACGCUUCCCGAUGACUUAGAUCUUUCGAGAAUUGCUGAGAUCGCUGAUAAAAUUAAUGACGUACCCAGCAUCAGCAGCGUGGACUCCCCUGUACCCACUGACGCUGCUAUGAUGGAUGUAAUAGAACAGCUGAAACAGCAACUCGAGAGGCUUUCCACUCAGGUGCAGCAUCUUACCAGACCAGAGGAUAAAACUCAUACAAGGUACGGCGACGCUCUCAUUCUGCUAAAAACUCCGACCCACGCUAUGCUGACUAACUCUUCAGUCACUUUACGCGCCGCUAAUGUCACGAACAUCAAGGCUUUCGGCGAACAAUCAUUAACACUAGAUAUUGGACUUAGAAGGACAUAUCAAUGGAUAUUCACUGUUGCAGACGUGAAAUUCCCCAUAUUAGGCGCCGACUUUCUGGCACAUUAUCAACUCAUCGUGGACCUCUCACAGCGUCAGUUAUCUGACUCCACCACGAAGCUAUCUAACCGCGGAAUUGUAUCACAGCUAAUAUCCACAGAAUUACGCAUCGCUGUGCCGCGUGAUAAUCCGAUUCAAGAUAUUUUGGAUAAAUUUCCCUCGUUGAUACAACCUUUUACUUAUACAGAGCCUGUCAAGCACAGCACUGUACACAGGAUUCAAACUACCGAACAGCCUGUCUAUUCUAAACCUCGCCGUCUUGCGCCGGAUAAAUACAAGAUUGCCCGGGCCGAGUUCCAACACAUGCUCGACCUCGGGAUUAUUCGCCCAUCCUCGAGUCCAUAUGCUUCACCGCUCCACAUAGUCACUAAGGCUCAGCAGGGCGCCUGGAGGCCGUGUGGCGACUACAGACGACUUAAUGCACAAACCGUACCCGAUAAGUACCCAGUUCCCAAUUUGACCGACUUUGCUGUUACCUUACAGGGAGCAACUGUCUUCACCAAACUGGAUUUGCGCAAAGUCUUUCAUCAGAUCCCAGUCGCUGACGAAGAUAUUCCCAAAUCUGCGAUUACCACGCCGUUUGGUUUAUUUGAAUUUCUGCGUAUGCCUUUUGGACUGCGCAACACAGCCCAAUCAUUCCAACGCCUUAUAGAUGAGGUGACGUUUAUGUACCUCCUUCCUUACUGGAAUGCGAGUACGUUUUUUGUACGACAGGAUUCUGUUAGAAAGCCACUGACACCACAUUAUGCUGGUCCAUUUCGUGUCCUUGCCCGGACCGAUAAAUAUUAUAGUUUACAGACUAACCACGGCCGAUCGACUUUCUCUAUCGAUCGCUUAAAACCUGCAUGUAUUGAACGCGAUAGAUCAACCAAUCAACCUACGAGCCCUUCGCUAGACAGCCCUCAGCUUUCGUCACCAGCACCUACUAGGACUGCUAGCGGACGUACCGUCCACUGGCCUAAGAAGUUCAGAACUUUCAUUACAUAUUGA